AUGUCUGAGGCCGCUGCUUCUUCCGGCUCGCAAGCCAAGGAUCUCCGACCCAUCAUCCUCGUCACGGGUGCCAAUGCCGGAGUCGGGUUUGGCAUUUGCCAGAGGCUCAUCGUCCAGCUCUCGUCUCCCACCCCGAGCGACACCCUCCCCGAUCACCCACACCGCUACUCGGACCCUUCUGUCCAGCCUACGCCGACGCCGUUCACCGCACCAGAUGGAUGCACGGUGAUUCUGGCGUGCCGAAACCCCAUCAAGGCCCACAAGGCGAGGCAGCAACUCAAGCAGCUGCUCAAAUGGAUCGAGAACCUCCCCGAGCACGAAGAUACCCCCACCGGUCCUCCAGAGAGCUGGGCCUUUGCCUUUGAUACCACCUCUAAGGACGACAAGCUCACCGACCCCGAGACGGAGCAGGACAUCCGCGACACGCCGCACGAAGAUGCCGAUCCUGCUCUCGUGGCCCACGCUCAGGAGAACAAUAUGAGACGCAGGAGAAGGCAGCGGAAGGCGCUUGCCAACGGAGACGACGCCGAUCCGGACUCGGGCGAUGACGCAGACUCCCAAGACGAAAAGGCAGACUUGUCCGAUUCGCCUGGCUCGCCUGACCUCGCAGCUAGCCUGGAACAGCGCACCAAACGCGCCAACGCACGCUAUCGUCGUCGCUUCUGCCAGGGCACUCGCAUCGAAUUCGUCCCACUCGACCUCGGCAGCAUGGGAAGCGCACUCGAGUGUGCACGCAUGGUGCGCGAGAGAUAUCCGCACGUCACGCACGUGGUGCUCAAUGCUGGUUCGUCGGCAUGGACAGGCAUGAACUGGUUCCACGCCGUGUGGAUGAUCAUGACGCAAUUCCGAUACGCCGUCACCUGGCCCGCCUACAAGUUGCAGCGUGCAGGCGACAAGAGCGACGACGGCUUUGGCUGGGUGUGGCAAUGCAACGUUGGCGCCCAUUGGAUCUUGGUACGUGCCUUGCUGCCGUCGCUGCGCGCUACACCUGCAUCGAUGUGA